AUGGCCAAUCAGAACAGCAAAAGACGGGGAUACCGCAGACAACAGGAGGAGCCCUGCCAGCCAAGCUUGUAUUGUGAUCCGUCCACUAUGCGUCAGAACAGCUUUCGUCCUGGGCCCUUUAUUGUUUCUAGUGCACCUGUGCACAACACUUUCUGCCCGAACUUGCAACAGGCAAACCAUCAUCCCAUGCGAAUGGAUCACCAGCAGAAGGAAAUGGAGAAUUGGAACAGACUGCAAAUGGAACAGUACCGUUUCCCUGGCCCUCAGCCGAUGUAUGAAGCACCUGGUCUAGCUUCUAAUGGACCUCAAUUCAGCCCCGAGUCUCGUGCUUUGUCACCGAUGUACACCAUGUCGCCUACGCCGUUUGGACCCUACGCUUUGCCUGGUACUGGACCUAUGGCUAUUGGACCAGCGCAGCCCGGAAUCCUAAGAGAAGGGGAGAGAUUCCCGGGUCUCGAAGCAGGGGCGAGCGGGAACACCAGAAAAGGCUACCCAAGCUCUACUCUUCGAGGAGAUGCACCUGAGUUCGUCCCGAAAUCGAAACUCCAAAUGAAUGAGGCCCAGCGUUUGGUCCCAAAUGCCAAUCCCGUGUUCAUUCUUUCCCUUUCGAGACAGUCUUCAAGAUUAUUGGAGCAACAUGGACAGCUGAAUCUCUGA